GGCCGGGAGCUGCGCGCGGGGAGCAGCCUGGCAGCGCGCAUUUUUCCUGCUUCCUCCCAGCCUGGCUGAAGCCGAUCGGAGCGCGAUCCGACAGAGUUUGGCUGCGGCGAUUUCCGGUGGUGUUUUGUUGUGGGUUUUAUUUUUUUCCCCCAUUCCCUUCGCGCCCGGCCAGCGCUCCUUGGCUCCAACCCAACCGUGCGCGCUGACCUCCCCGCGUCCUUCCCGCGCCCAGCGGGAUCCGUCCCCAGGCGGCCCCGUCCCGUCCCACCGUCCCCUCCCAUGCAGCUCCAUCGCUGGGCCAUGUGGGCUCUGUUUGUACACAGAUGAGCAACAGCUCGGCGCCAGCGCGGCAUCGCCCAGCCCUGCGCCCGGCCGCUGUCCCUGUGGUGCAGGCAGGGAGCAGAGGAACACUGCAGGCUGGGCCACCCAUCCUGAGCGCAGAGCCAUCGCCACGGCGCAGCCACAUCCCCACCAUUCCCGGUGCCAUCCCCAGGGCAGGGAUGUGAGGCACCAUCCCACGGAGCCGCGAUCCCGACGGCGCAAUGCUGAGCCUGAAGCUGCCACGACUGCUGAGCGUCCACCAAGUGCCUAAGGGGUACCAGGAGCAGGGCAUCCUCUGCGGGUACCGCCCCCCGAGGAUCUCAGCAGCUGAUUGUGUCCUCAGCGCCUUCCAGAUGACCAACGAAACGCUCAACAUCUGGACACACUUCCUCCCUGCAUGGUACUUCGUGUGGAUGCUGGUGGGGCGGCUGUGGGGGCCGGGGGGCCGGGACCCCCCCGCCUGGCCUCUGCUCGCCUACCUGCUGAGCUGCUGCAUCUACCCACUGGCCUCCAGCUGCGCUCACACCUUCAGCCCCAUGUCGGCCCGCGCCCGGCACGUCUGCUACUUCUUCGACUACGCGGCGCUCAGCAUGUACAGCUUGGGUUCGGCCCUGGCGUAUUCAGCAUAUGUGUUCCCAGAAGAGUGGGUUGGUAGCAUCUUCCACUGCUGCUAUGUCCCCAUCGCGGUGUUCAACACGGUGCUGAGCACCAGCCUGGCCUGCUACUCCAGGUUCCUGGAGCUGGAGCGACCGUGGCUCAGCAAGGCGUCCCGCACGCUGGCCUUUGUGUACCCGUAUCUCUUCGACAGCAUUCCACUCUUCUAUAGGUUCUACGUGUGCGCAGCGCGGAGCUGUGCGGAUCCCACGGUCGCUGCCCACUACAGGCACACUGCCUUCGCCUUCCUCACCUGCUUCAUCUUCGCCACCCACCUGCCCGAGAGGCUCGCGCCGGGACACUUUGACUACAUCGGGCACAGCCACCAGGUGUUCCACGUCUGCGGCAUCCUUGGCACGCACUUCCAGCUGGAAGCCAUCCUGAUGGAUAUGAGUGAGAGGCAGGCACGGCUCCCAGCCACGUCGCUGCUGCAGGUGCUGGCACCCAUGGGCACGUGCAUGGCCAUCGGGUUGGCGGUCAUUGCACGAUGCUCUGCGCAGCUCUGCCAGGCACCAGAACCCUCACACAGGGAGAAGCUGCACGGGCAGUAGGGCACCUGGUCUGCAGGAUGGGGGUUCUUGGUUUGCUGCUGCACAGAACGUAGGCAGCUGAUGCACGGGGUGAACUCUUUGCGUGUGCUCUAUGAGCAGUGUUGGAGGGCGAAACGUAUUGCACUGGUGUUUGUACAUACGGCUUUCAGGCUGGGGAUGGGUUAUGAAACGCUUUUAAUCGAGCUGAUAUUUCAUCACCGGAAAUAUUUAAAAUAAUCUUUAACGGUUUUUCUGCAGAAAAGGGAGAUUAUGUGCCAAUGCUUUCCAGAGCAAGAGGCAUUCACCAGUUCUGCCUUAUGGAGAGGCACAGGUGUCCUUGCUGUCAGGGGGAGCGGUUUUAAACUGAGAAAGGAGAGAUGUGGUCAGAUGUUGGGGGAAAUCCAUUACUCAGAGGCAACGAGGCAGUGGCAUUGCUGCCCAGAGCUGAGGGCGCCCCAUUGCUGGAGGUGCCCAAGGCUGGAGAUGGAGCUCUGGUGACCUGCUCAACCCCUCCGUGGCAGCAGGUUGGAACUGGGUGUGCCUUGGGGUCCCUUCCACCCCAGCCGUGCUGUGAUUCCAUGAUGCUGAUCAGCAGCAGAGCCCCAUGGCAGGAUAUGGAUGCAAUGCAAGCUGCCACGUCCCAGGGCUGAGCCCAACGUUUCUGGUGCUGGGGGUUUAACCCCAACUAUCUGACACUGCACCCAAGUGCCUAACCAAUGUGGGGUUGGAGUGGACCACAGCCUGCCUUACAUUUAGUUUUAGGGGAAUACCCAGGGCACCUCGGGUGUCUGUGGAUCAAACAGCCUUCCCAAGGGAAUCGCUUCUCCAAGAGCACACGGAAUAGCUCCGCAGGGCUUUGAGGAUGCUUGCCACUGGGCCGUCAGUCAGUUUUACCCAGAACCUCACACGUGAUGCAGUGAUGCCUGCUGUGGAGCACUGUCUCUCAGUAAUCAUACGGGUGUAUAACUGGUUUUGUGUGUAAUUACCUCUCGCAAGGUAGAAGAGAUGCACUUUGGGGUGACAACACAGCAGCUCGUUAAAGAUAUUAUGGGGCUACUAAGUCUUUUGAUAACAAACUUUCCUUUGAAAGCUGACCAAGAUAUUAAUAUUUAUAAGCACUGGAAUGUAAUUGUUUAUUCAACACGUUGAAUUCAAUGUUUGUUUCAUUAAGAGAGGAAACUAAUAGAGCGAUGGCACUGAUGUAUUCUAACCUGAUUUGGACGGUUCUGUUUCUGCCUGUGAAAAUAAUUGCUUCGGAGAUAAUUGCUGAUAAUUGCAAAGCUUAUUUACCUUGAGUACAUGUGCAGCCGGAAAGAAACCUGGCGUGAUUUAGGACUCUGCCAACUUUAUGUUCAUCAUUCUGGUUUUUUUGCUCGGUAGUUUGGCUUUGGACUCUGAGCAGCCUUUCCAGUUCCUCCCAGCAUGAACAAAUUAGCAGGCGUGCUGCUCCUGGGGCAGCACACGUCUUGUUCACCUGGAGACGGCCUUGAGAAGCGGUUUGGUGGAUUGCACUGUAUUCACAUCUGGAAAUAAAAGCUUUGGGGCAGAUUGCAAUAGAGGAUA